AUGAUGAUGACGUGCCGUCUGCUGUGCGCCCUGUUGGUGCUUGCCCUGUGCUGCUGCCCGUCCGUGUGCGCGGAAGAGACUCCGAAGGAUACCGAAGCCGAGAGAAGCGAGCAACAUCAAUUUCCCCCUGCGUUAGCAGGGCCACAGGGAGCCAGUCAGUCACUGUCGCCGAGUACGGUGUCCGCUGCGGAUCGUGAGGACAUUCAGCCAGGGGCACUAGAGUCAGGAGAACAUGUGACCAGUCACUCGGGCUCGCCAAUUAUUUUGCCCAGUGCGGAAAAGGGAAAAGUUGGCGAAGAGGGACCAAUAUCGGAAGAGGCUGCCAGUGCGUUACAGAAACAAGGUCAUAAAGGUACGACAGGGUCACAAAGUGGCCAAAGUAUAUCCGAGGAACAAGCAGAUAAGAACUCCGAAGCUCUUUCCAAGACAACCACGACCACUACAACACAGGCAACAACUACGACGACCACGACCACCACUGCGCCAGAGCCACCAAGUACUACGACUACAGAGGCAUCAAGUACUACAAAUACAGAGGCGCCAGCUGUGUCGACCACCCGCGCACCGUCACGUCUUCGCGAAGUCGACGGCAGCCUCAGCAGCUUUGCGUGGGUGUGUGCCCCGCUGCUGCUCGCCGCAUCCGCGCUGGCGUACACCGCUGUGGGCUAA